AUGCUUUUUGCACACCCCAUCGUGGCCAUUGGCGUCCUUUGGGUGACCUAUGGAUUGUGGUUGGCGAUUUAUCGGCUAUGGUUCUCGCCACUCGCGCAUUUCCCGGGACCGAAACUGGCAGCCCUGACGAUGUGGUACGAAUUCUAUUACGAUUCGUUCCUCGAAGGCCAAUAUAUCUUCCAGAUCGCUGAGAUGCAUCGAAAAUACGGCCCAAUCGUGAGAAUCAGUCCACAUGAACUGCACAUUGACGACCCAGUGUACUAUGAGACAUUAUACUCUCGAGACAAACCGCGAAACAAAUCCUUACAUUUGACUGGCAUGUUUGGGGCCCCGGCCUCUGCCUUCGGCUCGGUCGAUCACCACCGCCAUCGCAUUCGCCGACAACCCAUGAACCCAUUCUUUUCUCAACAACGGAUUCGGGACCUGGAGCCUAUGCUCCGUGGAAUGGUUGACAAGCUGUGUAAAGGAAUAGGAAAGUGGAGGGACCGACAUACACCACUGCAUGUUUAUCAUGCAUUCAAUGCCUACACGACAGAUGUGGUUGUGGAAUAUUCUAUGGGGGAGUCAUUCCACUAUUUGGAUGACCCCGACUUUUCGCCACAAUGGUCGAAAACGAUAGAGGCCAUUGUACAAGUCGGAGUUCAAUUCAAACAGUUCCGCUGGGUGUUGGCUGUGUUCGAGCUCCUUCCACGGUGGCUGGUUUUGCGUAUUAACCCUGAUAUUGUCCCAGUCAUCGAUCAAAAAAUGGAGAGUUUGCGACUUGCAAAUUUGAUUAUCGAAAGUCAACAGGCCGGUGAAAAUUUGGCAGAUGAUAAAAUGAGCGUGCCAAAAGGGACUCUGUUUCAUGCGCUGCUGGAGAGCAAGCUUCCCCCAGAGGAGAAGUCGCCUAGCCGCCUGAGCCAAGAGGUUUUUACUGUCAUCUCGGCUGGAGGAGAAACAACUGCAAAAAACUUGACGACACUCACCUUCCAUCUCCUCAACAACCCAGAUAAGCUCCAAAGGCUCCGGGAAGAGCUGGACCGGUUAGAUCCCAACGGAACGGCCUCUUUGGUGGAAUACGAAUCAAUGCCAUAUCUUACAUCGGUUAUGCUGGAGGGUUUAAGAAUCACCAACGCGGUUGCAACGAGGCUUCAACGGAGCUCUCCCGACCAAGUCAUGACAUACAAAGACUGGGUCAUUCCCCCCGGGACACCUGUUGGAAUGACCAGCUUAUUGAUCCACCACAAUGAAGAUAUAUUUCCGGAUUCUCAAAGAUUCAUCCCAGAACGAUGGGUAGAUCCAGAACAGAGAAAAAAGCUGGAAAAGUAUCUGGUUGCUUUCAGCAAAGGAUCAAGACAGUGCAUUGGCAUCCCUCUCGCACGGGCAGAGAUACUCCUGGCAGUCGCUACUAUCUUUCGACAGUUUGAGAUGGAGCUACAUGAGACUACAGUAGAUGAUGUUCGAAUCAUACGAGACAUGUUCAAUGGUCAUCCGCGGAAGGACAGCCAAGGAGUGCGUGUUAUGAUCAAGGAUUGGACUAAACAUCCUCAGCUGAGUAAGACCUCCUGA